AUGAUCGAUAUAGCGUUAAGACAAUCACAUGCAUUUUGGUCUUCUCAAAGUCCUUAUCAUGAUAUUACAGCAUUAACAUCUUCACAUGAUAAUUUAUAUAUAAUUACGGGAUCCUUAAAUGGAGACAUUAUUCUUUGGUUAUGCAAUGAAAACUUUUCCAAGAUCAUACCUAUUUUGUUUUUUCACAAUCCUUCAAAUGUGGGUAUAAAAUGUUUAGAAACUUAUCAAGUUAAUAACUUAAAAUAUUUAGUAUCUUGUUGUGAAAAUGGUAAUGUAAAUCUUUAUGAUUAUGAAAAUGGGCAUACAAUAAAUUCUGUUAAUUAUCCUGAAGUUAAUAUAUCAAUUAAAGCCAAUAAACCUAUUCAUUACCCUUAUUCAAAUAAAUCAACAUUAAAUACUAAUUCAACAUAUUUAUAUUGUAUUGGAACAUAUCCUGAUAUUAAAGUUUUGGAUGCAAUAUCUUUAUUGCAACUAUUUAAAUUAUGCUCAAAAUUUACUCCUAAUUGGAUAACAUCCUUUUGUUUUUUACAUAAUACUGCCACCGAAUUAGAUGUGAUCAUAGGCAUCAGUCUAACUGGAUGCGUGAAAUUAUGGACCUUAUCCAAAGAAAAUAUAUCGUCAUCCCUCGAAAAUCUAUAUGAAAAUGAAGCCAAGUCAACAGAAUUGAUAAAUUGUAAAUGCAUAACUUAUUGCCACGAGAAUCCUAAAAUAUUUUUGAUGGUAACCGCUACUGUAUUUCAGUUAUACAACGUGGCAACUUUUACCAAAUUGUGUCACCUAGACAGUUUUUCUUCCGAAAAAUGGUGCGGAGGAGUUUUCAUAAACAAAAAUUAUAUUUUGGUAUGGACUGAAAAUGUAAAAGCUUACAUGUUUCGAAUGAUCCCACUCAACAUGGAUUUACUAGAUUUGCGCUGCAAUUUGGAGCUUAAGGGUAUAUUUGAAGUUGGGAAGAGAAAGCCAUUGCUAAAUCCGAAAUAUCUUUACAGAUCAAACUUUCUUUUUUGUUCCAUGGAAAACGGGUUUUUAUGUUGGAAUAUUUACGAAAUCACAAAAUAUCUUUUAAAAUCGGAACAAUUAUUAACUCAUUUACCUGCGUUUGAAUAUUCUCUUGAAGAUUAUUGGGACAGUUUGUUCAAGCCCACUAGUGAACUUUAUAAAAACUUAAAAAAAAUAUGCGAUUUUGAAUGUAAAAUAACCUCAUCGUUAUAUCUUCCAUUUCAUGAUUACUAUCUAUACGGUACUUCGAUCGGCAAAAUUUUUAUCCUCCAACGUGCUUCCUUGGGUAUUUUAGAAAGCUUCUCCAACUAUCUAAGUCAAUUUUCUAAAUGCCAAUUCCUUAGUCACAAAUCCAAUGCUUCAAUAACUUAUUUGAAGUACCCUCAUUCCGAAAAUCCCACUUACGAUUCGUCUUAUUUAUUAUCGGCCCAACGCCAUUCCACCAUAUGUCUCUGGGAUCUAAAUAUAUUUUCCCUGAUUCACACGUUCUCUCCUCAUACUUCUUCUAGCAAUAUUCGGGAUUUAAUCGUCUUACCCUUGUCUUAUAACAUGCACAAAUACAAUAAUCUCAUACUCUCGAUCGCCGGUGACAAUACCUUAUCAAUUCUCAACUUACUUCAAAAGUCUUGCACAACGAUAUCGUCACAAAUGUCCUCACCCAUUAAUUAUGUCAUAUGGCUCGGUUCAAAAGGUUAUAUCGUGAUUGGUUGUUUGAAUGGGGAUUUAUACGUUUGGCAGGAUGGUCUUUUAGAUCGUUGCGUCACUGGUUUGAAUUCCGAACAAAUAUAUACCAAAUUACGUGAUCAUAUAAUAUGGCCAUUAUUCCCCAGAAAUCUUAUCAGGCGAAAUAAAAGACGUUUCAUUUGGAGUAACGAUAUAAAUUAUCUCUUAGAAAAUCAUAAAACCCAAAUCUCAGCAAAUAAUAUGAUAGCCAUGCAUUCAAAUUCACCGAAAAUGUCUAACUUUGCAAAACUUACGAACCCAUUACUUACACUUCUUCCAAUGCACAGAACCCAUCCUUAUGCUCCAUAUCAGAUAGCUUUAUAUGAUUUAGAGUUCUUUGCAAGAAUUUUUUGCGGACCUCUCCCCCAGGAUAAAAAAACAGAACACAAACUAGAGGAAUUAUCACCAGUUAUCUCACCCCAAUCUCCCGCUAAGCGCCCUAAUAAUAGCAUCUUGCAAGAUCAACGUAGACAAAUUUACCGCCAAGCUUCCCAGAGAAAUUCUUUUCCAUUGCCCGAUUUAAAUCAAUUGUAUUACAAUGCAUCGUCCCCAAUUCGUAAAAGGUCUAAAAUGAUUUACGAAAAGAAAAUUUUGAUAUCUCUUCUCUCGCACGCUCACAUUUGGCAUUUGAAUAACGAUAUCGAUAAUGAGAUGCAAGCCACAUUUGAAGUUCAUAUGCCUCAAUCCAAUUCUACCGUAAACUGCAUAAUUGGGAAUAAUGGUGAUAUAGUUAUACCUAUAGGAGAUAUUGCAAUUGGACCAAUAUUAAGGACUUGCAAGCUCAUUCAUUUGUUGACCAUUUUAAAUAUUCUGGAACGGAAUUUUGAAGAGGAAGGCAUAAUAGAGACUCUAGCUAAGGAAAAAGAGGAAGAUAGCAAGCCAAUGAUUAACGAUUCCGAGAACCUAGUUGUUAAACGGGUCAAGGAUAUCAAUUUUUGCCAAAGGUUAAAACUUGUAUACCUUCAAGGUUUCCUGAAUAAGGGCAUAGGAGAUGGGCAUCACGCUAAAUGCGGCUUGGUUUUAGAUAUCAUAAUUUCAAGAUUACAAAAUCCUUGUUCUCCGUUAAGCGAUGCUUGUAGCUCUAUACUUUCUUAUCUACUCUUCAAUUUCGAAUUCACCACAGCUAGUAUACGUGAAAAACCUCUCGUGACCAUGAUAAGUACAGUGCUAGAAAUAUGCAUACAAAAAUUAGAAUACCUGCAUUAUCAACAAAAGCUCUUCCUAUCCACAAUGCUAGGAAAACAAACAAAAUCUAUUUCGCAAUUCAAUUCUAAGCCAACGAUUGGCAAUGGAUAUAGAAAGGCGAGCCAUGGAACAUCACCAGAAAAAAACAUGAAACCAACCCAUCAUCCUUUUGACAAUCAAGAAUACGUGGAAUAUGAAGCCGAAGAAGUUAACGAAAAUUCCUUAUUUCAUGAUGAUCGAAACUCAGAAUACGAUUCGACUGAAAGUUUUUAUAGAAAGUUCUGUGGAUCUCCUUUUGAAGACCUUUAUACAUUUUAUGGUUGCCAACCUGGACCUAUUUUAGCAUUUGUGUUAAUGGGAUUUAUCAAAUAUAGAUUACCUACAGAUACUACUGACUCCACCGAAGACUCAUAUUGGCAAAUAGAUCAAUAUUUUAGUCUUAAAAACCCACGCCUAUUAGUGCUAACUAGCGAUAUUAUAUGGAAUUUCAUAAACUCUCCGUUUUUCUCCCAGCGCCUUGAUCAUAAUUUAAUUCAACCAACGAAUAAUGUCAAAUCAUUCAGUGAAUACCUUCGAAAUAAUGAAAUUUUCAACAGACUUAUAGCUUAUAACGUUUUAUGCAAAGCCUUCUCGACAUGGGAACCAUUUCUUGAUCUAUCCUCCUUGUUUUUAAGGCUUCUCGAAUUGUGCAUCCUCACAUCGGGUUCUAAACUACUCGUUAAUAAUGGCGGGAUGUCCUUAUUUUCACCCACCAAAUCCUGCUUAAAUAAAAUAGCUUACAUGAGACCUGCCGCAUUUAUAACUAUUAUAAACAAAGAAAUUAGCAAAUAUAUGCUGCACUUCUUUACACCCCUUCAAAAUUUUAACGCAAUAACGCAACCAUCAACAGUACCUUCUAAUUUAAUCAUCAAUUCUCGAGAGUAUUUAUUUUCAACUAUAGAAAUGUUGAUACAUAAACAGCCUAUAGAGAUUAUCAAUUUGCUAUCCGAAACAAUUGAUAUAUACGUAUAUUGUGGAGGUAAUACCAUGCAUAGAGUUAAAGAUUGGGAAAAAUUAUUGUCACCUUUUAUGAAAUUCCCUCAAAUAGCCUUCAAUGUUGAAAAAAAGCAGUUAAUUUUAGGUACUCAAAAGGCCCUAUUAUACCUUUACGAUUUUAAAACAAUCAAACCCGAGAUUUGCAAUACACCCCAUAUAAAUGCAAUCAUAGCAGUGUCUUAUUCUCCAGACUAUAAGAAUUUAGCCACCUUAUCUUACCCCGAAGGACUUUUAGUCAUAUGGCAGAUAACUUCGACUUUAUUUGGCAUAGGCCCCAGUCAAGCUAAAUAUUUAAAAUCGCGAAAAUUAGACAAUGUGCCUCAUUUGUAUCAAACGAGUGAUCAGGAUUAUAAAAUCGGAAAAUUGAUAUGGAUCAAUAAUAAAGUAUUAUUAAUUCUUUUUUCAGAUGGAACCGAACAAAAAUUCCAUUUAUAAGAUAGAGUAUUUUUCAUUCCAAUCACACAAUUUAAUUAAUUCGCGAUUUAGUCUUCCUUCUUUUAUUUAAUUUAAUUUUAAGUAGUAAUCAAUUAGGUUUAAAACCAAUACAAAAAAAAUUUAUUUAAUUUAGCCAAGUUCCUUAGAUAAAAAAUUUUUUAAAUUAUUUGCAAUGAAUCCAUAAUUAUUUAUCUUUCUGUAGCCAUUACGACUAUUAUUAUUAAAAAUAUAAAUUAUUCACAUUAUAUUGUAUACAUAUUUUUUAAAACCUGAUCAUUUAUAUUU